GUUUCGCCCUCGCCAGAGUGAUGAUGUGGGAAGCUCCAGUCAGGUUUCGCCCUGGAUCUAGAGAUCUGUUACUAAUUGUCUUGAAAUUUUUAAAUAUAAAGAUUAACAUUGACGCACCUGAUUGGAAUAGUAUUAUUGAAAUGAGAUGUGUGGAACGAAUUACAGUCAAACGUCGUAUAAAUACUUACUCCAUGUAUGAAAACGAACACGAGAUUAUUGGAAAUCAAUUAUCAAAAAACCAGGAAAAUCAUCUUGCAAGUAAUAGGCCUAAUCUACAAAACGAAGAAUCUACAACGGUUGAUGGGAAAGGAAUAAAUGCCGUUCAGAAAGGACCGUCACCAGAUAUUGUUGAUUAUGAUGAGUUGGUUAGAAAAAGCAUUGCAUUCGAUGAUGGCCAUCAAAUCCCCCACCAAAUUACAAGCAAUAAAUAUAUUAAAGAAAUAUCAAUUGACGAAAAUAUUUUAGGAAUAUCAGCCCAAAGUUUGGCACAACUUGAUGAGUCUAAGUAUUUUGGAGAUUUUAUCCCACAUUUUAUAAAAUAUAAGGAAUCGCAAAAAGAUCCGUUUUCAUGCACAAAUGAUGACGUAAUGGAUAUUCGAGGAGAAAGCGGGUUUUCGAAAUUUUUGUCAGUUGAUGAUUAUAUAAAAUUACGAUUGAAAAAUCCAAAGAGGAAGGAAACAACGGAUGAUGGAACAAUAAAAAGUUUAUCCGAUUGGAUUAACAUUACAAAGAAUUUAAAUAUUUUAAAUAAGAAUGAUAGUGAAGAUGUAGUAAAAAUUAAGAAGUACUUAUAUCGAGUGAUGAUUCCAUUGGUUGAAUCAUUUGCGAAACCAGUGCCUGAUAUUAGUGCAUCAAACACCAGUGAGCACCAUUAUUGGGCUGAAUUUGGACAUCGUUUUUUUUCUAGAGCAUUACAAGAAUUCGUAGGUCUUGAUUGGAGGGCCAUGGAAGUUCCGGUGCACGCCUCAAAAUAUAGAAAAAAUUAUGGGCAUAAACACAUCAAUGAUAAAAUGAUUGAUGGUAAAUCUGCGGAUUUAUUAGCUUGGAUAGAGAAAACGGGUGAAGAAAUAUUUGUUGGGGAACAAGCCGGACCACCUUCCAAGAAUGAUUUAACAAAAUUGGCAACAGAAUCUUUCAAGUUAUAUCGAGAAAUGAGGGACUGUUUAAAUUUUCGAAUCUUACAGGCUAAGAGGAAGGGUGACAUGAAUUGUAAUAAUCGGAUGGUUUUUGGCGUAUUAGGCUAUCUUUUUGAAAUUAAAAUGCUAAUAAUGUGGAAAGAUGGUGUAUACAUCUAUGAUGAAUACGGGAGAUUAAACGUUGCUUCUAGACUGAAUCUGAUUUCAGAUAUGAAGGCGGGUAUAAUAAGAUAUUAG